AUAAAAUGCAUAUUUUUAAGGGCAAAAUGUUAAGAAGAACUCUUCUACCAAUUCCCACUAUUGCAGGAAAUGUUGACCUGGAUCAGAAAUAUUCAGAGACCAAUGUUUGUAGACAAGAGCCAAAUGAAAGGACAGUACUCCAUGCAAUUGAAUCAGUGGUUAUUAAAUGGUCGCAUCAAAUCCAAGAAACUGUAGAAAAAGAUUUAGUGCAGCCUUUGCUGAAUAGUCUUCACUCAAAUCCUCAAACUGAACUGGAUUUCUGGAUGAUGAGGAGAGAGAACCUAGCAUGCAUUUAUGAUCAACUUCAGGCUCCCAUUGUCCUCAAAAUGGUUAAGAUCCUGAAAAAUAAGCAAAGCAGCUAUUUUCCAACUUUGAAGGAUAUCUUCAUGGCUGUGAAAAAUGCUCUUCUCGAAGCCCAAGACGUGGAACUUUACCUGAGACCCCUGAGGAGACACCUUCAAUGUGUCCAGGAGACGGAAUUCCCACAGACUCGUGUAUUAAUUGCCCCGUUAUUUCAUACCAUCUGUCUGAUCUGGAGUCAUUCCACGUUUUAUAAUACCCCUGUUCGGGUUAUAGUUCUAUUGCAAGAGUUUUGUAAUCUCUUCGUUGACCGGGCACUAGCUUACCUUUUGCCUGAAGACCUUUUGAGAGGAGAAAUUGACGACUCUCUGGAAAAGGUGCAGGUGGCCAUUAACAUCUUAAAGACUUUCAAAAAUUGUUUUUUUAACUAUAGAAAAGGAUUGGCAAGCUAUUUUACGGGAAAUAAGGAGCUGAAACCAUGGGAUUUCCAGUCUCAUCUGGUGUUUCUUAGAUUUGACAAAUUUCUCGACCGUUUCAUGAAAAUAGAGGAUAUAUUUGUCACCAUAUUGGAAUUUGAAAAGCUGGAAAGACUUGAAUUUGGCGGUACCAAGGGAGCAAUUUUAAAUGGACAAAUCCACGAGAUGAGAGAAGAAUUUAUGGAACUCUGUAAGAUUUUUCAACAGAGCACAUAUGACCCAUCUGAUUACAAUAACAUGGAAUUUGAAAGUGAUUAUGUUGUGUUUAAGUCCAAAACUUUGGAUUUUGACAGAAGGCUCGGGACAAUUCUUUGUGAAGCUUUCUUUAACUGCAAUGGUCUGGAAGCUGCAUUUAAGCUUUUGACUGUAUUUGGGAAUUUCCUUGAGAAACCAGUUGUCAUGGAAAUUUUCAGCCCACGUUACAGCACACUCGUGCACAUGUUCAGUGCAGAGUUGGAUAUGUGUAAGCAAUUGUAUAAUGAACACGUGCGACAGAUUGAACAAGGAAAUGUAGUCCUUCACAAGAAUAUGCCAUUUACCUCAGGAAAUAUCAAAUGGGCUAAAGAGGUCGUGGACCGACUUCAAAUGUUUUGGUCAAACCUUGCAUCUCUCCGUUAUCUAUUCUUGGAAAGUCCUGAUGAUGCCUUGGUUUAUCAGAAGUAUAUUGAGAUGACAGCUUUGCUAGACCAGUUUGAAAAUCGUAUCUAUAAUGAAUGGAAAAGUAAUGUGGAUGAAAUCUGUGAAUUCAAUUUGAAUCAACCCUUGGUUAAAUUCAGUGCCGUAAGUGGUCUUCUCAGUGUCAACUUUGACCCAAAGCUAGUGGCCGUAUUAAGAGAAGUUAAAUACCUUUUGAUGUUGAAGAAAUCAGACAUACCGGAUUCAGCCUUAGCCAUCUUCAAAAAAAGAAACACUCUUUUAAAGUACAUUGGAAACCUUGAACUUCUUGUGCAAGGAUAUAAUAAGCUGAAACAGACUCUUCUGGAAGUUGAAUACCCCCUGGUUGAGGAUGAGCUGAGGGCUGUGGAUGAGGAGCUGCAGGCAGCCGCCACAUCGCUGACAUGGCAGGAUGACUGCUGGGGGGACAUCGAGAGGAUGAAGACGGCCACCUCAGAGUUGGAGCGCAGAGCGGAGCAUGCGCAGAACAACGUCAAAGUGAUUCAGCAGACGAUGCGGGCCUGGGUGGAGUGCACGCUCCUUCCCAGGAGAGAACACAGGCGGGAGACCGCCUUGACUUGGGAGGACAAGGGUGAUUUGUUUGCGAAAAAAUACAAGCUAAUCCAGGAAGGUGGCUGCAAGAUACACAACUUGGUUGAGGAAAAUAAGAGGCUGUUCAGAGCUACUCCUUCUCUGGAUGCCUGGAAGAUUUAUGUAGAAUUCAUUGAUGACAUCGUGGUGGAAGGCUUUUUUCAAGCGAUAAUGCAUGACUUAGACUUCUUCCUGAUGAACACAGAGAAACAACUGAAAUCUGCACCGUUUUUUCAAGCACAAAUGAUCUUAAUGCCCCCGGAGAUUCUGUUUAAACCUUCUUUAGAAGGAGAGGCUGGGGAUGGCUUCUAUGAUCUGGUGGAAGAAAUGCUGUGCAGUAGUUUCAGAAUGUCUGCCCAGAUGAAGCGAGUAGCAGCACAUCUGGAAAUAGCAAAUUACCAGAAUGAUAUGGACAACAUGCUGGGCCUGGUGGAGGUCAGGCAGGAGAUCAUGAAGAGAGUGGCAGACGUCAUCAACAAAGUCUUGGACUUCAGAAACACCCUGGACACAUACGCUUACCUCUGGGUGGAUGACCGGACCGAGUUUAUGAAGCACUUCCUCCUGUAUGGCCAUACUGUGUCAUCUGAGGAGACAGGGCCUCAUGCAAAUGAAGACAUUCCCGGACAACCACCAACACUCGAGCAAUUCAAAGAACAGAUUGACAUUUAUGAGGCUUUGUAUGUUCAGAUGAGCAAGUUUGAUGACUUCAGAGUGUUUGAUGGUUGGUUCAAGGUGGACAUGAAGCCUUUCAAAGUGAGCUUGCUAAACAUUAUCAGGAAAUGGAGCUGGAUGUUUCAGGAGCAUCUUUUGAGAUUUGUCAUUGACAGUCUGAAUGAGCUACAAGAAUUUAUAAAGGAGACAGGUGUUGGACUUCAGAGAGAAUUAAGUGAAGACGAUCAUGAUGGUUUAGUUGACAUUAUGGGGCAUCUUCUGGCUGUAAGAAGCCGACAGAGAGCUACUGAUGAACUCUUUGAACCACUAAAAGAAACCAUCACACUCUUGGAAACGUAUGGCCAGAAGAUGCCUGAGCAGGUCUAUGCUCAGCUAGAGGAAUUACCUGAAAGAUGGAAAACUACCAAAAAGAUCGCAGCAACUGUCAGACAUGAAGUCUCACCUCUCCAAAAUGCAGAAGUCACUCUUAUAAGGAAAAAAUGUAUUUUGUUUGAUGAGAAGCAGGCGGAGUUCAGAGAGCGAUUCAGACUCUAUGCUCCUCUUCGUUUUAAUGCAGAAAAUCCAUAUAGAGUACUUGAUAAGGCAAAUCAAGAGCUUGAGGCAUUAGAAGAAGAAAUGUUGCAGAUGCAAGAAUCUACUCAUCUUUUUGAAGUGGCUCUUCCAGAGUACAAACAAAUGAAGCAGUGUCGCAGAGAGAUAACAUUGCUCAAGGGGCUCUGGGAUGUCAUUAUUUAUGUUAAGAGAAGCAUUGAUAAUUGGACUAAAACCCAGUGGAGACAGAUUAAUGUGGAACAGAUGGAUGUGGAACUCAGAAGGUUUGCCAAGGAAAUCUGGUCUCUCGAUAAGGAAGUCCACGUGUGGGACGCUUACUCAGGCCUGGAAGGCACAGUGAAGGACACGAUGACCUCCCUGAGGGCCGUUGCGGAGUUACAGAGCCCUGCCCUCAGAGACAGGCAUUGGCACCAGCUGAUGAAGGCCACUGGGGUCAAGUUUUCUAUAAACGAAGCCACAACUUUGGCAGAUUUGUUAGCCUUGCGGUUACACCAAGUGGAAGAGGAUGUCCGAAGCAUCGUGGACAAAGCAGUGAAAGAGCUGGGGACUGAGAAGGUUGUUACUGAAAUCAGCCAGACCUGGGCAACCAUGGAGUUCUCUUAUGAAGUUCACUCUCGGACAGGCAUUCUGUUACUGAAGUUUGAUGAACAAUUGUUUGAAACUCUAGAGCACAACCAAGUUCAGUUACAGACUCUGCUUCAAAGCAAGUAUGUGGAAUAUUUCAUUGAGCAAGUCAUAAGCUGGCAAAACAAAUUAAACACAGCAGAUUCGGUCAUCUUUGCUUGGAUGGAAGUACAGCGCACUUGGUCUCACCUAGAAAGCAUCUUUGUUUAUUCAGAAGAUAUUCAAAUUCAGCUUGUGAAAGAUGCUCAAAGAUUCGGUGGAGUAGAUGCCGAAUUUAAGGAGUUAAUGUUCAGGACAGCUAAAAUAAAAAAUGUUUUAGAAGCAACAUGCAGACCUAACCUCUAUGAAGAACUUAAAGAUUUACAGUACAGGCUUUCUCUUUGUGAAAAAGCUCUUGCUGAGUACCUGGAAACCAAGCGUGUGGCUUUUCCGCGCUUCUAUUUCAUCUCUUCCGCAGACUUACUUGACAUUCUCUCAAAGGGAGCUCAACCUAUGGAGGUUACACACCACCUUUCCAAACUCUUUGACAGCAUUGUAGAUCUGCAGUUUGAAGACCAUCAGGAUGUUUCCGCGCGCAGGGCCGUCGGAAUGUACAGCAAAGAAAAGGAAUACGUGCCAUUCCCAGCUGAGUGUGAAUGCAUAGGCCAUGUGGAAACGUGGCUUCUGCAGCUGGAACAGACCAUGCAAGAGACAGUGCGACGUUCUAUCACAGAAGCCAUCGCAGCCUAUGAGGACAAACCCAGGGAAUUGUGGAUUUUUGAUUUCCCGGCUCAAGUCGCACUAACUAGCUCACAAAUCUGGUGGACUACAGAUGUAGGAAUAGCCUUCAGUAGGCUAGAGGAAGGCUACGAAACGGCCCUAAAGGAUUUCCAUAAAAAACAGAUUUCUCAGUUGAAUACGCUGAUUGCACUUCUGCUGGGAGAACUUCUACCUGGAGACAGGCAGAAGAUCAUGACAAUUUGUACCAUAGAUGUCCAUGCCAGAGACGUGGUGGCAAAACUUAUUUCUCAGAAGGUCGUCACUCCGCAUGCUUUUACUUGGCGCUCUCAACUUCGUCACCGGUGGGAGGAUACCCAGAAACAUUGCCUCGUCGAUAUUUGUGAUGCCCAGUUGCAGUACUUCUAUGAGUAUUUAGGAAACAGCCCUCGACUAGUGAUCACUCCUCUAACUGACAGGUGUUACAUUACUUUAACUCAGUCACUUCAUCUCACCAUGAGUGGGGCUCCCGCUGGCCCGGCUGGUACUGGGAAAACAGAAACCACCAAAGAUCUUGGCCGUGCCCUGGGCAUGGUGGUUUAUGUAUUCAACUGUUCAGAGCAAAUGGACUACAAAUCCAUAGGAAAUAUCUAUAAGGGAUUGGUGCAGACAGGAGCUUGGGGCUGCUUUGAUGAGUUCAAUCGAAUUUCUGUGGAAGUUCUCUCCGUGGUGGCAGUACAAGUGAAGAUGAUACACGAUGCCAUCAGAAACAGGAAGAAGAGAUUUGUAUUUCUUGGGGAAGCUAUCACACUGAAGCCAUCAGUUGGAAUAUUUAUUACUAUGAACCCAGGAUAUGCUGGUCGAACCGAAUUACCGGAAAAUCUCAAAGCUCUUUUCAGACCCUGUGCCAUGGUGGCCCCUGACAUCGAGCUAAUCUGUGAAAUCCUGUUAGUUGCUGAAGGUUUUGUGGAUGCACGCUCACUAGCCCGCAAGUUUAUUACAUUGUACACGCUCUGCAAGGAGCUGCUGUCCAAGCAGGAUCAUUAUGAUUGGGGACUUCGUGCUAUUAAAUCUGUCUUGGUUGUAGCUGGCUCCCUGAAACGAGGAGAUAAAAAUAGACCUGAAGAUCAGGUACUCAUGAGAGCAUUAAGGGACUUCAAUAUGCCUAAAAUAGUGACUGAUGACAUCCCUGUGUUUUUGGGCCUGGUUGGUGACCUGUUUCCAGCCCUGGAUGUGCCCCGGAGGAGAGUGCCCCACUUUGAACAGAUGGUCAGGCAGUCCACCGUGGAGCUCCGCCUGCAGCCCGAGGAAAGCUUCAUCCUCAAAGUGGUCCAGCUUGAGGAGCUGUUGGCCUUGCGACACUCUGUCUUUGUCGUUGGAAACGCAGGCACAGGAAAGAGCAAGAUUUUGAGAACACUGAACCGAACAUAUGUUAACAUGAAACAGAAACCCAUUUGGAAUGACUUAAACCCCAAAGCUGUGACAACAGAUGAACUCUUUGGUUUCAUACAUCAUGCUACCCGAGAAUGGAAAGAUGGUCUAUUCUCAUCCAUUCUGCGAGAACAAGCAAAUCUUAGGCAUGAUGGACCAAAAUGGAUAGUGCUGGAUGGCGAUAUUGAUCCCAUGUGGAUUGAAUCACUAAAUACUGUCAUGGACGAUAACAAGGUGCUGACCUUGGCCAGCAAUGAACGCAUAGCUCUCACUCCCUCUAUGAGGCUGCUCUUCGAGGUUCAUCACUUAAGGACAGCAACCCCAGCUACUGUUUCCAGGGCUGGUAUUCUAUACGUGAACCCACAAGAUUUAGGCUGGAAUCCGUAUGUGGCCAGUUGGAUAGACAGAAGGCGUCAUCAGUCAGAAAAGGCCAAUUUAACGAUUCUUUUUGAUAAAUACGUUCCUGCGUGCUUGGAUAAGCUGAGAACAAGCUUUAAAACCAUCAUUUCAAUUCCAGAGAGCAGCCUGGUGCAGACUAUUUGCACUCUUUUGGAAUGUUUGUUGACUCCUGAAAAUGUACCUUCUGACAGCCCGAAGGAAGUUUAUGAGGUCUAUUUUGUCUUUGCUUGUAUCUGGGCAUUUGGAGGCAUUCUACUUCAAGACCAGCUUUCUAGUUGUCAAGCUGAAUUCAGUCAGUGGUGGCAUAAAGAGAUGAAAGCAGUGAAGUUUCCAUCCCAGGGAACAAUUUUCGAUUAUUACCUGGACCACAAAACUAAGAAAUUCUUGCCUUGGGCUGAUAAAAUCCCCCAGUUUACUAUGGAUCCAGAGGCACCUUUGCAGGUAGUUCUGGUUCACACAUCAGAGACAACUCGUCUUCAAUAUUUCAUAGAGUUGCUGCUUGAGAAAGGACAGCCGCUGAUGCUGGUAGGAAGCGCUGGAGUGGGAAAAACAGUCUUUGUAGGUGACAUACUAGCAGGUCUCUCCGAGGCUUAUAUAGUGUCCCAUGUGCCUUUCAACUACUACACAACAUCGGCAGCUCUGCAGAGAAUUCUUGAGAAACCUCUAGAGAAAAAAGCUGGUCGUAACUAUGGUCCAGGAGGAAAUAAAAAAUUGGUUUAUUUUAUCGACGACAUGAAUAUGCCUGCAGUGGACUUAUAUGGCACUGUUCAGCCCCACACUCUGAUUCGACAGCAUAUUGAUUAUGGUCACUGGUAUGAUAGACAGAAAGUGAUGCUUAAAGAAAUCCACAGCUGUCAGUAUGUUGCCUGCAUGAAUCCGAUGGUGGGCAGUUUCACUAUCAAUCCUAGACUACAGAGACAUUUCACAGUGUUUGCAUUCAACUUUCCGUCCAUGGAUGCACUAAACACCAUCUACAGCCAAAUCCUGAAUUUCCAUUUCCAGCAGCAAGCAUUUGGUCCGUCAGUUCUCAGGAGUGGCCCCACGUUGAUACAGGCAACAAUUGCAUUCCAUCAGACGAUGACACACACCUUUUUACCCACAGCCAUUAAAUUCCACUACCUUUUUAAUCUGAGAGACCUGUCAAACAUCUUCCAGGGGAUUUUAUUUGCUUCUCCUGAGUGUUUAAAGGAUCCAAAUGAUUUAAUACGCCUGUGGCUUCAUGAAUCUUCUCGUGUUUAUGGAGACAAACUGAUAGACACAAAGGAUCGUAAUUUGUUUCAUAAAAACAUGCUGGAAACUGCUAGUAAAUAUUUUGAAGGUGUAGACAGCUAUGUGCUGCUUCAACAGCCCCUCAUCUACUGCCAUUUCGCUAAUGGCAGCAAAGACCCGUGUUACCUGCCGGUGAGGGACUGGGAAGUGCUGAGGACAUUUCUGACAGAAGCCUUAGAUAACUACAACGAACUCAAUGCCGCCAUGCACCUUGUUUUAUUUGAAGACUCCAUGCAACAUGUGUGUCGCAUCAGCCGGAUCCUGCGGACUCCUCGGGGUUACGCGCUCUUGAUUGGAGUGGGGGGCAGUGGCAAGCAGAGCCUGUCCCGCCUGGCAGCCCACGUUUGCAGCCUCGAGGUCUUCCAGAUCACUCUGACCGAAGGCUUUGGCAUCCAAGAACUUCGGGUAGAUCUUGCCAAUUUGUACAUCAGAACCGGAGCCAAGAACAUGCCCACUGCGUUCCUGCUGACAGAUGCACAGGUUCUAGAUGAGAGCUUUCUCGUGCUGAUUAAUGACUUGCUGGCAUCAGGGGAAAUCCCUGAUCUGUUCAGUGAUGAAGAUGUAGACAAGAUAAUUUCCGGAAUUCGUAAUGAAGUUCAUGGUCUGGGCAUGGUGGACUCCAGAGAAAAUUGUUGGAAAUUCUUUUUGGCCCGGGUGCGACUACAGCUGAAAAUCAUUUUGUGUUUCUCUCCGGUUGGUCACACGCUGAGAAGUAGAGCUCAGAAGUUCCCAGCCCUGGUUAACUGCACGGCUGUUGACUGGUUCCAUGCUUGGCCCCAGGAGGCUCUGGUCACAGUCAGCAGGAGGUUCAUUGAGGAAACCAAGGGAAUUGAGCCCCUGGAUAAAGAUUCUAUUAGCCUCUUCAUGGCACACGUUCACACUAGCGUAAACGAAAUGAGUACCAGGUAUUACCAGAAUGAGAGAAGACACAACUAUACCACCCCAAAGAGUUUUCUGGAACAAAUAUCACUGUUUAAGAACCUGUUGAAGAAGAAACAAAACGAGAUAUCCCAGAAGAAAGAGCACUUGGUGAAUGGCAUCCAGAAGCUAAAAACCACAGCCUCUCAGGUAGGGGAUCUGAAAGCCAGACUCGCCUCUCAAGAAGCUGAGUUACAACUGAGAAAUCACGAUGCUGAAGCUCUGAUCACAAAGAUCGGGCUUCAGACGGAGAAAGUGAGCCGGGAAAAGGCCAUCGCCGAUGCCGAGGAGAGAAAGGUGACAGCUAUUCAGACUGAAGUGUCCCAGAAACAGAAGGAGUGUGAGGCCGACUUACUGAAGGCUGAGCCCGCGCUGGUGGCCGCGACAGCUGCUCUCAAUACACUCAACAGGGUCAAUCUCACUGAGCUGAAAGCCUUUCCCAGCCCUCCAAAUGCAGUUACCAACGUUACUGCAGCCGUGAUGGUCCUUCUGGCUCCCCGGGGCAGAGUGCCAAAAGACCGGAGUUGGAAAGCAGCUAAAGUCUUCAUGGGAAAGGUGGAUGAUUUUUUGCAAGCGUUAAUUAACUAUGACAAAGAGCACAUUCCAGAGAACUGUCUAAAAGUGGUGAAUGAACAGUAUUUGAAAGACCCAGAGUUCAACCCAAACCUGAUUCGGACCAAAUCUUUUGCAGCAGCUGGUCUCUGUGCCUGGGUCAUCAACAUCAUUAAGUUCUAUGAGGUCUACUGUGAUGUGGAGCCCAAACGGCAAGCAUUAGCCCAAGCAAACUUAGAACUGGCUGCAGCUACUGAAAAACUAGAGGCUAUCAGGAAAAAGCUGGCGGAUUUGGAUCGAAAUCUGAGCAGACUCACAGCUUCAUUUGAAAAAGCAAUAGCCGAGAAAGUCCGGUGUCAAGAAGAGGUGAACCAAACCAACAGAACUAUAGAACUGGCUAACAGACUUGUCAAGGAACUUGAGUCAGAGAAGAUUUGCUGGGGUCAGUCUGUUCAGUCCUUCGAAGCUCAAGAGAAGACGCUCUGUGGAGAUGUUCUCCUUAUGGCAGCAUAUGUGUCUUACGUUGGAUCCUUUACGCAGCAGUAUCGCCAGGAACUGGUAGACUGCAAGUGGGUUCCCUUUCUUCGACAGAAGGUCUCCAUCCCAAUAACUGAAGGCCUGGGCAUGAUUGCCAUGUUGACGGAUGAUGCCACAGUUGCCACCUGGAAUAAUGAAGGACUGCCCAGUGACAGAAUGUCCACCGAGAACGCUGCUAUCCUAACACACUGCGAGCGCUGGCCCCUGCUGAUAGAUCCCCAGCAGCAGGGAAUUAAGUGGAUCAAGAAUAAGUAUGGAACUGACCUGAAAAUCACACAAGUGGGCCGGAAAGGGUUUUUGAAUGACAUUGAAACCGCUUUGGCCUUUGGAGAUGUCAUCUUACUUGAAAACCUUGAGGAAACGAUAGAUCCAGUCCUUGGUCCGUUGCUUGGCAGGAACACAAUUAAAAAAGGAAAGUAUAUCAAGAUUGGGGAUAAAGAGUGUGAAUUUAACCACAACUUUCGUCUUAUCCUUCACACAAAACUGGCAAAUCCUCACUAUAAGCCAGAAUUGCAAGCUCAGACAACCCUCCUCAAUUUCACGGUCACAGAAGAUGGUCUGGAAGCCCAGCUGCUGGCAGAGGUUGUCAGUAUUGAAAGGCCAGAUUUGGAGAAACUUAAGUUGGUUUUGACAAAGCACCAAAAUGACUUUAAGAUAGAGCUGAAGUAUCUGGAGGACGACCUCCUUCUGCGUCUCUCUGAGGCAGAGGGGAGCUUUCUAGAUGACACCAAACUGGUAGAGAGCCUGGAGAGAGCAAAGGCCACCGCGGCGGAGGUAGAGUGCAAGGUGAUUGAAGCUAAAGAAAAUGAAAGAAAAAUCAACGAGGCGAGACAAUGUUACAGACCAGUGGCAGCAAGAGCAUCUCUGCUUUAUUUUGUUAUUAAUGACCUCAGAAAAAUCAACCCCAUCUAUCAGUUCUCUUUGAAGGCUUUCAACACGCUGUUCCACAGAGCCAUCGAGCAGGCUGACAAGGUGGAGGACACGCCGGGACGCAUCUCAGUCCUGACCGAGAGCAUCACCCACGCCAUCUUCCUCUACACCAGCCAGGCGCUGUUUGAGAAGGACAAACUCACCUUCCUGUCCCAGAUGGCUUUUCAGAUUUUGCUGAGAAAGAAAGAGAUAGAUCCUCUUGAAUUGGAUUUCCUGCUUCGGUUCACAGUUGAAUAUGCGUACGUGAGUCCUGUUGACUUCCUAACUAAUCAGUCAUGGAGCGCUAUUAAGGCAGUAGCCCUCAUGGAAGAGUUCCAAGGCCUAGACCGAGAUGUGCAAGGAUCAGCCAAGCAGUGGAGGAAGUGGGCAGAAUCCGAGUGUCCAGAAAAAGAAAAGUUACCACAGGAAUGGAAGAAGAAAAGUUUAAUACAGAAGCUGAUUAUUUUGAGAGCAGUGCGCCCUGACAGAAUGACAUAUGCUCUCAGGAAUUUCGUGGAGGAAAAACUGGGUGCAAAGUAUGUGGAGAGAACCAGACUGGACUUAGUUAAAGCAUUUGAAGAAAGCAGCCCAGCCACCCCAAUAUUCUUCAUCCUCUCCCCAGGGGUAGAUGCCCUCAAAGACCUAGAGAUCCUUGGCAAAAGACUUGGGUUUACAACUGACUCCGGAAAAUUGCACAAUGUGUCUUUAGGACAAGGUCAGGAGAUGGUGGCAGAAAUGGCCCUGGAGAAAGCUUCCAGAGGAGGACACUGGGUCAUACUCCAAAAUGUCCAUUUGGUAGCCAAGUGGCUCGGAACCUUGGAGAAACUCCUUGAAAGAUUCAGCCAGGGAAGCCACAGAGAUUACAGGGUUUUCAUGAGUGCUGAGUCUGCACCUACACCAAAUGAACAUGUCAUCCCUCCAGGACUCCUGGAAAAUUCUAUCAAGAUUACUAAUGAGCCCCCCACAGGAAUGCUGGCCAAUUUGCAUGCUGCUCUCUACAACUUUGAUCAGGAUACACUUGAAGUGUGCUCCAAGGAGCAGGAGUUUAAAAGCAUCCUCUUCUCUCUGUGCUACUUCCAUGCCUGUGUUGCUGGGAGACUGAGGUUUGGCCCCCAGGGCUGGAGCCGCAGCUAUCCGUUCAAUUCUGGAGACCUCACCGUCUGUGCCAACGUCCUCUACAACUACUUAGAGGCAAACCCUAACGUCCCAUGGGAAGACCUCCGUUACCUCUUUGGUGAGAUCAUGUACGGGGGCCACAUCACAGAUGACUGGGAUCGCAAACUGUGUCGGGUGUAUUUAGAAGAAUUCAUGAAUCCCUCUCUGGUCGAUGAUGAACUGAUGCUGGCACCAGGAUUUGCUGCCCCACCCAAUCUGGAUUACUCAGGCUACCACCAGUACAUAGACGAGAUGCUUCCUCCGGAAAGCCCGGCACUGUAUGGCCUCCACCCAGAUGCUGAAACAGAAUUCCUGACAGUCACAUCCAACACGCUCUUCAGAGCUUUGCUGGAGAUGCAGCCCAGGAAUGCACUCAGCGGUGAAGAGCUGGGACAGUCCACAGAAGACAAGGUUAAGAAUGUCUUGGAUGACAUUUUGGAGAAACUUCCAGAAGAGUUCAACAUGGCAGAGAUAAUGCAAAAAAACCCAAAUAGAAGCCCCUAUGUCCUUGUUUGCUUCCAAGAAUGUGAGAGGAUGAAUAUUCUCCUUCGGGAAAUCCGGGUGUCACUUCAACAAUUAGACCUUGGAUUGAAGGGGGAGCUGAUGCUGUGUCCUGAUAUGGAAGCCCAGCAGUCUGCGCUGAGUCAUGACGCAGUACCAGAGAGCUGGAGCAAACUGGCGUACCCAUCUACUUACGGCCUGGCCCAGUGGUUUAACGACCUCCUCUUGCGAUGUCGGGAACUGGAUAUCUGGACGCAAGAUCUCGCCCUUCCGGCUGUGGUGUGGCUUUCUGGCUUCUUCAACCCUCAGUCCUUCUUAACCGCAAUCAUGCAGACCGCGGCUCGAAAACACGAGUGGCCACUGGAUAAAAUGUGCUUGACUGUUGACGUCACCAAAAAAACGAAGGAGGAUUAUGGGCACCCCCCCAGGGAAGGCGCAUACCUCCACGGGCUCCUCAUGGAAGGUGCCAGAUGGGACAGCCAAUCAGGAGCCAUCGUGGACGCCCACCUCAAGGAGUUAAGGUCUGCAAUGCCAGUCAUCUUUGCAAAAGCCAUACCCGCGGACAGACAGGAAACCAAACACACCUACGAGUGCCCUGUGUACAAAACCAAAACGAGGGGCCCCAACUGGGUCUGGACCUUCAGGUUGAAGAGCAAAGAAAAGGCGGCCAAAUGGGUCCUGGCAGGCGUGGCCCUCCUGCUGGAGGCGUAACACGGCCCUUGCAGAGGGGCUUCUACUCCUCUCGC